GAAGCCCAUCACUCCAACUCCAGGCUAGUGCAGGGCUCGACAGGGAAGCAUGCACCUGAAAACUCACAUAUGAAGGAGCUGAGGAAUAGAGGCGCCAUGCAGCCCCGGGUACUCCUCACUGUGAUCCUCCUGGCACUCUUGGCCUCUGCCCCAGGAGCUACGGAGACCGAGGACGCCUCCCUCCUGGGCUACAUGCAGGACUACGUGCAGGGUUAUGUGCAGCAUGCCUCCAAGACCGCCCAGGACGCACUGACCAAGAUGCAGGACUUUGAGAUGGCCCAGCAGGCCAGGGGCUGGAUGAGUGAUAGCUUAAGCUCCCUGCAAGAUUAUUGGAGCUCCUUCAAGGGCAAGUGGUCCGGGUUCUGGGAUGCUACCCAUGAGGAGGCCAGGCCAUCCCCGGCACCUGAGGGCAUCUGAGAUCUCAAGGUUCCAAGUGCCUAUCCACUGGUCCUGCCAGCUCCCUGGGCCCUGUGGCCUCCAGGGCUUCCCCCGCAUUAGCUUGAAAAGGACAGUACUCUCAGUGCUCCCACCCUAGAUCUGGCCACCUCCAAUUGUGCUGCUUCCCAAUAAAGCUGGAUGAGAAGCUGCCA